GGGUAGGGAUUAUUGGCCCCAAGCUACCUCCCUCUUUACCCUGAAAAAUAAGAGGGGGGUUGUGAAAGGGUAAGGGGUAUGGACGAAUCCAAGAGCAGGCUCCAAGAUUUGCAUGAUGCUUCCAAAGAGGAGUUCCGGGUUACCAAGGACAUGGCAGAGGAGGCAUCAGCAAGCCAGUCAGCCUCUAGCAGGGAGAAAGGCAGGCUUACGGAAAGUCAAAGAAGUGCAGAUCGUGAAAGAUCGGAGAGGGCACAUAUGCUUGCCAAGAGGGAGAGCAAAUUUCUUCUGAAGUUGAAGGAAGUAGAAGGGGAGAGGCAAAGAGCAACAGAGAGGGUUGAGAGAGAGAUGGCCGAGGCAAGGACAGCCAUUAUGCAAGCGACACUGAGAGCAAAGGAGAUGGAAGCAAAAGAAGCUGCAAUUGAAGCAAGAAUAAGCAGUCUUGGUAAACGAGAGAGAGCAUUCCAGCCCGAAGAGCACGACACGAUGGGGCAGCGAAGCAAGAUGAUAAUGGAGGGUGAAAGCAAGGAACCUGGUAUCCAAAGAGUAAUAUCAAGGGAUCAAAGAAAUGAUCUGGCAGAUAACCAAUCAAGGGAUCAAAGAAAUGAUCUGGCAGAUAAGCACACAGACGGAAGCAGCAGAAGAGAAUCGGCUUCAUCGGCCUCACGCCGCUUCCAGCCUGGUAUGUCAGUCCAUGGCCUUCCAUGGGAGAACAACAAAGGGUUAACAACCUGGAGCUUUGAUGAAGCAUCAAAGCGUGCAAGCGAUUACUUGUCAGUCCCCAAGUAUGAGGUUGUAAAGGAGGGAAUAAAGGAAGAAAGAGAAAAGAGAGCCGUAUCUGGUCAAUGGAAGGAAAAGGAUGAAAGCUACAGAGCUCAACAGCAGAGAGGUGAAUCACAAAGGUCUUCAAACAGAAGGGGAUGGACUGAGGUGGGCUCAUCAGUUGAGAGCUGGGAGAUGACCCUACCUAGGAAGGCGCCUAAGUCUGAAGAAGGGGGCAGUCCACGUAGCAGUGGUGUUUUUCAGCAGUUGGAAAGUCAAGAGAAGGUUGACUCUGAUCCAGUUGCACUCAACAAGCUUGUGGAAUUGCAGACAACGUCAAGAGCAAGCCGAGCGAGGCUAGAACGCACGACCCGGGUUUUAAGCUCUCUCCCAAUCUCAGCCCCAGAAUCGGCCCGUGUGAUGCAGGCCUUGGAGUCACUGCGCUCACGCUUAGAUUCCCUAGAUGCAAUUGAAGCAGAGAUGAUGAAAGCUGCCAGCCAAAACCAAGAUGGUGGAGGUUCAAUCCCAGGGUGUGGCAACAACAAGGGGCUGAAAAGUGGUAUUGAAGAGCAACAACGUGCUCGUGCUGCAUGGGAGGAGGAUAUGCAAUGUGAGUUGGAGGCUAUGAGCUCCUUGCAGGUUUCUGCAGCAGGCUCUCCGUACACACCAACACGUUUCAGCGCAACCUCCACUGUACUCCCACCUCUACAAAUUCAAACCCACCAGGAACAACACAUGUUUCAUGCACAAACAGGGUCACCAUCAAUUGAAGGUUUCACUGCGGUUAAACCUGACAAGUGUAGGGAGGGGGGUAGUCUGGAAUCACCGGUUCCACGGCAUCCUCCAAGAGUUGCUGCCUCUAACACAGCAGCAGCUGGUCUGAACUCAGAGACAGGAUCAUCGUCAGAGGGUUACGUCAUCGAUUGGAAUUCAGGUGCCUGUGAAGAUAUCAGCAAGCCCUCCAGGCAUAAUGGAUUUGGAGUCCGCUCCCACAGAACUGACACAUCACCUCGGGAACAGCAAAUGAAUCCAUAUCCACAAUCCCCAUCUGACGUACGGAUGAGCAGACACAAUAUGCCUGCUGAAGUCCAUCACGAUCGGCAGCUGCAGUCCAAUCACCCACGGAGUGGGCGCAUGGAUUCAUCUGAUCUAGGAAGUCUUGGGAGGAGUGCCUCUUCUCCCUCUGCAACUCAUUCGGCUGGGAAAGCAGACUCCUUUGGGAGUGGUGCCAGUAGUCUAGGGAGAAGAAAGAUGGUAGAAUGUUGCCACCAUUCCUUGGCUUCCGCACAUUCGCAAAGAAAGCAAGCCACAGGAGAACAGCCGAAGUUGGCGACAGGUGAAACAACUCAGCAAUUGUCGACCGGGGCAAUCGGGGCAACUGCCGAGGGGCUAUCGGCAGCCACAGCCAAACCAUCCCGUUUCAGCCCUGCAACACAAAGUGACUGGUUCUCUCCAAAGGGACAUGAUGUCAAUGUCCCUCCAGCUUCUUCUACUCUGAAAAAUGUAGCCUCUCUAUCUGGAUUUCUUUCCUCUAAAACUAGAUAUAGACAGGGAACAUUUUCCUCCAGUGGGGAGGAAAGCCUUAAGAGUUGCUCUAUUCCUUCGCUAGAUCAAUUGCAACGACCUUACAUGAACGGUUCACAGAAGACUGCACUUGCUUCUGAGUUCCCAGGAAGUUGGACCCCUCUUACCCGCCUUGGAACAGACUUGCGAAGCAGCCGCAAGACGACAGAGGAUGACGAUGAUGUAUCCCUUACCCUCAAUAACCGUGACAUCAGAUGGUUCCUGUCUGAGGAGAAAGGAAACAUAGCUGCAGAGGAGACAAGCGAAGGGAGGAAGAAACGGGGAGCCAUGAGAUCUCAUGAUAGAGGUGCAGGACACCUGAUUUCCAAAGAGUCCACUUGUGGCAGUGGGAAGGAGGGAGUUGGCACACAAUCAAGUGAGAGCAGGUUUUCCAAAGGUGGAGGAGGCAGGCAGGAAAAGGACACUGCAUCAAGACAAGAAAGGUACAGUUGUUCUGCAAGAAGUGACCGAGAUGGAAGGCCAGGGAAAGAUGCUGCCUUCACUUCAUCAUCGGGCAAGGAGGAGAACAAACACAGUUGGAAACAACCUGGUAUGACAGGAGCGAAGCACGUUGCGCUUGCUAGUGGAGAGUAUCAGCUGGAGUUGGUGGCAAAGUUACGGGAGCGGCACUCUGCUCUGGUUCUUCAGAUUCAGUGCUCCAGCCAUUGUUGUUGUUGUUGUUGUUGUUGUUGGGGCGAAGCCGAGCACUGUUGCUGGCUGAGCAGUGCAGUUGAUGACACGACUCUUGCAGAUGUUGUUGCUGCAUCGUGUGUGUCUGUAGAUAGGACUGUUGUGCCGUCGACUGUUGCUGUUGCUGCAGGAGUUGCUGGACUUGCUGGACUUGCUGCACAGCCUGCACAUGCUGUUGAGCUUGUGACAAGUCGACCAGCGGUCCCUGCGAGGGCUGCAUAUGCUCUUGACAGUGCCCCUGUUGGAGAUGCUGGACUUGCUCCACAUCCUGCGCAUGCUGUCGAGCUUGUGACAGGUCAACCAGCAGUCCCUGCGAGGCUGCAUAUGUUCUUGAUAGUGCCCUGGUUGGUGUUGUUGAAUCGUGGGAGGGCACCAUUGAACGGGCCUCUCUUGUAACUCCAUUGCGGGUUGGUGUUCAUGCUUGGAGGGCUUCUGAGCAUCG